AUGCAGGGUACCGUGAGGCUGUGGGUCUCGGUGCUGACUUUCGCCCUGUCGCUGCUGGUCUGCCUGGGGUCGCUGGCAGAGGCGUACCCCUCUAAACCGGACAGCCCCGGCGAGGACGCCCCCGCAGAGGACAUGGCCAGAUACUACUCGGCGCUGAGGCACUACAUCAACCUCAUCACCAGGCAGAGAUAUGGAAAGAGAUCAAGCCCAGAGACACUGAUCUCAGACCUCUUGUUGAGGGAAAGCACAGAAAAUAUUCCUAGACCCAGGUUUGAAGACCCUUCGAUGUGGUGA